AUGGCUGUCGAUGGUGCUAGGAAAUCGGGAACUGUGAAGUGGUUUAGUGAUACCAAGGGUUUUGGUUUUAUUACUCCUGAAGAUGGCGGCGAAGAUCUGUUUGUUCAUCAGUCUUCGAUCAGGGCCGAUGGUUUUAGGAGUCUAGGUGAUGGUGAGACGGUGGAGUAUGUGGUGGAGAACGGAUCUGAUGGGAGGGCGAAGGCUGCCGAUGUUACUGGACCCGAGGAGGGGCCUGUGCAGGGAAGUAGCCGUGGAGGCGGCGGUGGCGGGGGCGGACGUGGAGGCGGCGGUGAUCGUUACGGUGGAGGAGGCGGUGAUCGUUACGGUGGAGGAGGCGGUGAUCGAUACGGUGGAGGAGGCGGUGAUCGGUAUGGUGGUGGCGGGUAUGGCGGUCGUGGAGGACGUGGUGGUGGUGGAUACGGAGGUGGAGGCGGCGGGAACGCAUGCUUUAAGUGCGGCGAGGCUGGACAUAUGGCUAGGGAUUGUGAUCAGAACGGUGGAGGCGGAGGUGGUGGUGGCUACGGAGGUGGACGUGGAGGUUAUGGCGGUGGACGUGGAGGCGGAGGAGGAGGUUACGGUGGCGGAGGCCGUGGAGGCGGAGGUGGUGGCGGUUGUUACAACUGUGGAGAAGAUGGGCACUUCGCUCGUGAAUGUCCUACUGCUAGUAACCGUUGA